UCAUGUUCCUUUCUUUCUACAAAUUCUUACUGUUCCUUAUAAGAAUCUACAAACACAUUUAAUGACUAAUUCAACGUUUUUGCCACUUAUUUCACGGGAAUUUUCCCUUUUAGUCCUAUAAAUUUUCUCAAGUCUCUAUUCUCUCCAUUAACAUAGUUUCAAAAAAAUAAUCAUAACAUCAAUAAUUGCUUCCACUAAAAAAACAUCCAUAAUCGCUUUUUGUGUUGAUUUUCAUAAUGAUGAGGUUUAGAGCUAUCACUAGCAAGCUUUAUUCUUCACGCCUUUUGCCAACUUCUACAUCAUUCCUCACAUCUUCUUCUUCUUCUUCUUCUUCUUCUUUUUCCGUUGUACCUCCACUUCUAGCAAGAAGUUUUCAUGGCUCUAUCAUCCCUCAGUUUAAACAUAGUGUUCUUUUCCCAAGGGUAUAUAUGUCUACUUCAUCGGCUUUAUUAGACGAGGAACCGAGAGGAAGAAGAAAUAUUGGAUUACUCAAAGCAGUUGAAGAUCAACAUGGAGGAGUUAUUAUAAACAUGGAGGAGUCUAUGAAUUCUUAUGUUUUUGCUUCUAUGCUAGAAGCUUCAUUAUCACAAUGGAGAAAACAGGGAAAGAAGGGAGUGUGGAUCAAAUUGCCUAGAGAACAUUCAAAUCUCGUGGCUUCUGCGGUCGAGGCUGGAUUUGAGUAUCAUCAUGCUGAACCAGAUCAUUUGAUGCUUGUAUAUUGGAUUCCUGAUACUCCGAAUACCAUUCCUGCAAAUGCUUCUCACCGCAUUUCAAUCGGUGCUUUUGUAAUCAACACUAAGAUGGAGGUCCUAGUGGUCCAGGAAAAAAACGGGAGAUUCAGUGGCAAAGGAAUAUGGAAAUUGCCUACUGGAGCUGUUAAUGAGGGUGAAGAUGUUUGUGCUGCUGCAAUUAGAGAGGUCAAAGAAGAAACAGGAAUAGAAACUGAAUUUGUUCAAGUUUUAGCAUUCAGGGAAAGGCAUAAAUGUUUCUUCCAAAAAUCAGAGAUACUCUUUAUAUGCAUGUUACAACCUCAUUCCUAUAACAUUGAGAGCCAAGUUUCAGAAAUUGAAGCAGCUCAGUGGAUGCCAAUUGAUGAUUAUGUAGCCCAACCUUUUGUUCAAGAAAAUGAGUUAUUUAAUUUUCUAACAAAAGUAGGGUUAUCAAAGUUGAAUGGAAAGUACCAUGGUUUUUCUACCAUGCUUACUAGCACUUCAUGUAACAAGAAAUCUCACGUCUACAUCAACACAAAAGAUUCUGCUGAUUUGUAAUAACUUCCAAACUUCACCAACCUUAAUUAAGAGUGGCACAUAUUUAAUUACUAAGGGUGUAUAGAAAUUUCAAACAAAUUUCCACAUGUGUCUGAAAUCAAGUCAUUAUGUGUUUGUUGUCAUUUUUUUAUUUGUUCAUUUCAUUCAAAUCUUUGAUUAUUGUAAUAAUUCAUACAAGUCAAGUGUCAACUAUACUAUAUAGUUGUCCAAGUUCUUUAUUUAUGUAAAUUCCUUACAUUCUCACCAUAUAAUAAAUAGGUGGAGAUUGAUAUUGUAAUAUGAGGAGACAGAUGUUGGAAAAUUAUUGAGUAAUCUUAGCUUGUUGAAUA